AUGGCUCGAUCCCAGGCCCAUGCUGAGCGUAACGAUGUCAUCCGUGCUGGGAUGACUUCUCUGGAAACUGCCCUGAGCGCGACAGUGCCUACCAAAGACACCGUUGCGUCCGAAACUACGCGGCUAGGUUCGCCAGUCAAAACUGAAGAGAUCCCAGACAGUGAGGGAGCAAAGAUCCACUGGAUAGGCGACAGUUCCGCUCCGAGUGUGAUUCUAUAUUUUCACGGCGGAGGUCUCGGCAUUCCAGCGAUGCCAGGGCAUGUUUCUUUCCUCGUGGAUACACAGCAACGACUAGCGAAGGAGGGCAAGAAGCUAUCCAUUGCUUUCGUCGAGUACGGUCUGUCGCCCCAACAUCGGUUUCCGACGCAGUAUCGCCAGGCUGUCCUUGCUCUUAAAACCGUUCUUCAAUCCGGUCGAAAGCCAUCAGAUGUCAUUGUCGGUGGUGACUCUGCCGGUGGUAACUUGGCCGUUGCCAUCCUUUCCGCGACAGCGCACUCUCAUCCCGGAAUCCCAUCACUAAAACUCGACGCUCCCCUUAAAGGGGCCCUCCUAGUCUCGCCUUGGAUCGACCUCUCCGUCGGUACCAGCAAAUCCUGGGUCGAGAACAAGGACAAGGACAUCGUCUCGGCGAACAUUGUCGAUCCUCUAGUCAAUAAUCUUGUUUCCAAGGACGAACGUAACGAGUUCACGGAUCCUGCCCGUGCCGACUCCAAGUGGUGGUCGGGAGUGCAGGUCAGCUCUAUCCUCACAUUGGCCGGGACGCACGAGCUGUUUUUCGACGACAUUGUGAAAUUCAGCCAGAAGCUGAAGGAGGCUGGGCUGAAUGAGCAGUUGGUUGAGUGUCCACAGCAGGUGCAUAUUGAUUGUUUCCUCGAUGCCCAAUCAGGGCUGGAGCAUGGAACCAUGUCUCACGCAAUCUGGGACUGGCUGAAGAAGUUGCUGUGA